GACCGAGGAGCAAAACGAAGGAACACUCUUUCCCCUCCGUCCGUCCCCUCCUAAAACCCUAGCAGCCCAGGCGGCGGCCUCCUCCCCUCCCUCCACCACCGCGCCACCCGAACCCCCGCGCCUCUCGCCGUCCGGAAUGGGGCGCGGCGAGGAAGAAGACAAGGCCGUCCUCUCCCCCGGCGUGGAGGAUGACACCGCCGACCUCUCCGCCGACGACUCGCCGUGGAGCGACAGCGCCUUGUCCGAGGGCGAGGACGACGACGAGGCAUCGCUGUCGUUCGAGGACAGCGGCGAGGGCUCCGACGCCGACUCCGACUCCGACGGCCUUGAGGAGGAGGAUGAUGCCGCGGCGGAGGAGAGCGACUCCUCCGAGGACGAGGUUGCGCCGCGGAACACCGUCGGGGACGUGCCGCUUAAUACGUGGUACAAGGACGAGGAGCACAUCGGGUACGACAUCGAAGGGAGGAAGAUCAAGAAGCGGGACAGGGAUGGCAGAAUCGAGAGGUUCCUCAGCAGCCAAGAUAACAAGGAUGACUGGAGAAAUAUUUGGGAUUAUUAUAAUGGCGAGGAGGUGAAGAUUACCAAGGAAGAAGCGAAGAUAAUUAGUAGACUGAUGAAGGGGAAGACUCCACACGCCAAUGUUGAUCCAUAUCCAGAUUAUGUUGACUGGUUUGAAUAUGCUGAUAAAGGCCAUCCACUUUCUAACGCUCCUGAGCCAAAGAGGCGAUUUGUGCCCUCAAAGUGGGAGCAAAAGAAGGUUGUUAAACUUGUUAGAGCCAUUCGUAAAGGAUGGAUCAAGUUUGACAAGCCAAAGGAUGAACCAAACUAUUAUCUCUUGUGGGGAGAUGACACUGAUACAGCAGACAAUAAGCGGCAAGGCUUGAGCUACAUUCCUGCACCUAAACCAAAUUUGCCAGGUCAUGAGGAGUCGUAUAAUCCUUCUGUUGAAUAUAUUCCCACACAAGAGGAGAUAGAUAAAUACCAGCUUAUGUAUGAGGAGGACCGGCCAAAAUUCAUCCCACGACGAUUCGAAUCUCUUAGAAGUGUGCCUGCCUACGAGAAGGCACUUAGGGAAGGAUUUGAUCGGUGCCUAGAUCUUUAUCUAUGUCCUAGAACUCGCAAGAAGCGUAUAAACAUUGAUCCUGAGUCACUCAGGCCAAAGUUACCUAGUAAAAAGGAUCUGAGGCCAUAUCCACGAACUUGUUACCUUGAGUUCAAGGGCCAUGGUGGUCCAGUGACGUCGCUGUCAGUUGAAACAACAGGCCAGUGGAUAGCAUCAGGUUCAUCUGAUGGAACAAUUCGUGUUUGGGAGGUUGAAACUGGUCGCUGUCUUAAGGUUUUCAAUGUUGGUGCUGAUGUCCAUCAUAUUUCGUGGAAUCCUUCACCUGAGAGGCCCAUUCUGGCUGCUAUUGUUGGCCGUGAUCUUCUACUUCUUAACGCUGAGGUGGGGGAUGAGGAAACUCAAGUGAGGACAAAACAGCUCCUCCAUGUCGAGGAACAGACCCCUGAAGAUGAUGGUGAUAAGAAACCAGCUGUGAGGUGGGUGAAGAAUGAGAAAUUCGACGGAAUCACAUUGAUUCAUCAUAGGGCUGCAUCAACUGUGGAGUGGCAUUCAAAGGGAGACUAUUUCACGACAGUUGUGCCAACUGGUGAAUCAAGGGCUGUGCUGUUGCAUCAGCUCUCCAAGAAGCAUUCUCACCAUCCUUUCCGUAAAUUGCCGGGACUCCCUGUUGCAGCCGUAUUCCAUCCAACUCAAAAGAUGUUCUUUGUUGCCACUAAGAAGUUUGUUCAGGUUUAUGAUCUCCAAAAGGCAGAGGUAGUCAAAAAGCUGGAGUCAGGUCUCCGGGAAAUUUCCUCUAUCUCCAUCCAUCCUGGUGGUGAUAAUGUUAUUGUGGGAAGUAAAGAUGGCAAAUUAUGUUGGUUUGACACUGAUCUAUCUACAAGACCAUACAAGAUGUUAAAGAACCACAAGAAGGAUAUAACCAGUGUUACUUUCCACCGGAGAUACCCUCUUUUUGCCUCGUCAUCGGAGGAUUGUACAGCUCAUGUGUUCCAUGGGAUGGUUUAUGCUGAUCUCAACCAGAACCCACUUAUUGUACCAUUGGAGAUUCUUCGUGGCCAUUUGAGUUCAGAUAGAAGAGGAGUUUUGGAUUGCAAAUUCCACCCGAGACAACCGUGGUUGUUCACCGCCGGCGCCGACUCGGUGAUUCGGCUUUACUGUGACUGAUGACGAUGCUUUCAAGGAGCAUGUGAUUUAGGCGGCAAUUUCGACUGGUAGAUUUUCAUGAUGAUUUUGUUCUGCCGUUCUGUCAAGAGUCACAGACCGGAGCCAGGAAGGAUCACGUAUCGUGCUAUCACAGUUUUGUUUGGAGAGAUUGUUGUAUCUUCUUAUUUCUCGUCAUUAUGUAUAACAAUUAGAUGAGGUGCAGCGCCGUGGCAAGAUCAGCCGUGUAAUGACAGCAGGGACUGAAAAGAGAAGUUACUGGUAAUUUUGAGCCGUCAGGAUGUUGCAACUUA